AUGUCUAACUCAACUAAUUCAAUUUUACUUGAUGUUGGUGCUAUUGUGAGCGAUUUACAUUAUGGUCCAUUUGCAUCAUAUUGGUGGUAUAGCAAAAAAAUCAGACUUACAAAUACAACAAAACUUUAUCCUAUUAGAUUUAAAAAAGUGCCAGUUGGUACCAUUAAAGGAAUUUCUAAUUAUUUUACUUUCAUGUGGCUAUCUGUCAUUAAUCAAACAACACCACAAUCAGAAUGGAAAAUGUUUGUUCCUUCAGAAGUUGACCCAUCAAAUCAAAAAUUGUCUGUUCCUGAAAUAAGCAUGUUUUUAGCUGGUAAUAUAGAAAAAAGUAAAAAAUACUCUCCCGAGGAUAUGUUAAAAGAACUUCAAAGGCUUGUUGAAACUGACGAAUUAGAGCUGAAAAUAUUCCUUCUCUUCAACAAAUUAAAUCAUGGAUAUCCUGAUUUA